CUGAAGAAAAGUCCAUAAUCUCCGACUCCCGCCCUGGAUCGAAUCGAUCGAUCAUUAUAUAUAUAUAUACUUGAAUUGGUAUUUACCCAAUAUAUAGAUCGAGAUCGAUAGAUAGGAAUGAUGGUGAAGAAAAGCGAUAAUCAUAUCAUUAAUAUUAAUAAUGAGAGAAGUGGGGUUAGGCAAUACAAGAAAUCCGCUGUGCCGCGUUUGCAGUGGACGCCGGAGCUCCAUGACCACUUCGUCGACGCCGUCGAGCAUCUCGGCGGCCGCUACAAAGCAACUCCAAAGAGAAUUGUGCAGUUGAUGGGUGUAAAAGGAUUAAAGAUUUCUCACGUCAAAAGCCAUCUUCAGAUGUAUAGAAACAUGAGGGAGCGAACCACUUUCGAUGUUUUCAUUCCUACGCAAAGCACCUGCAACUUCCGUGAAGAGAGACCACAUUCCACAACUUGGAAUCCACAAGGGCAGACGACGUUUGAAAGAUUACUAAGGCGAGGUUGUUUGGGUGAGACUAAUGAGGCGAGGCAAAUGGGAAGCAGCUACUUUUCUGCUAAUCGUAAUUAUAAUGAAAUUAAUGGGGGCAAUGCAAGUGGGCAUCAACAUCAGGAAUCACAGGGAAGUGAGAAGAGUGAAAUGACGAAGGUGGAAGAAAGUGGCGGCGGCGGUCCAUCCAGUGAAAGUUGCAACGCAUAUUUUGAAGACAGAAAUAUUGUUUUUUUGCCUUUGAGAGCCGGCGACACGACGAACCCUGCUCGUCCUCCUCCUCCUCAAGUACAACGUUUGCGGUCAAGUAGAGAUGCCGAAAUCAACCUGGAUUUGUCCAUAGCAUGUCUUUAAUUUCACCAUUCCAUUCUACAUUUCUACCUAGCAUCUUCAUUGGCCAGGACGGACCGGGUCGGGGUUUCUAUUCUGAUAUAUCGCAUGCAGUAUUAAAUUAGCUAGGUCUUUGUCCAUACACCAUACCAUUCCCAUAUUUUAUUUGUACCCACCCCGCCCCACUGAAUUAGAUGAAUUAUAUUUAUCGACAUGAUUUUGAUUUCUUACUACUUUCACUUUAACUCUUUAAACUAGCUAUAUUAUUCCUACUUACUCACUCCGUCCAAAAUUGAUUAGCAAAGUUUACAUUUUUUAUCAAUUACAGUGUGAUAUUUUAUGGUUUAAAUGUGAUUUUAGUGUUUGCAAAUAUGACGCACUCUGUUUUAGGUUUCUGCGAAAUAAAUUAUUUGUUUUUCAUCCUUG